ACUGCCCGAUGAGCGCCCACGCCUUCUUCCACCAAAGGUGGAUCCCGCUAACAGAAGACUCUGGAUCACGACCACUGCGCUUCUGUCCCCAGCUCUAGUGUAGGCUCAUCUUAGCAAAUGGCCCUCGGCGUAUCCAGCAGAUCCGCCAGAGACGCGGAGGCCGCGCGGUUUCAUCUUUAAUGCUCCUGAAGGACAAUAGCUCAUCAAGCCCCACGGAAAGCCCGGGACCCGUCGCGGAGCCUGGGCUGGCGGGGGAUGAGGCUGAGCGACUCCUCCUAGAGGUGGUUAUGUGGAGAAGGAGCAAUCCCUUCUCCCUCCUCCUCCUCCCCCCGCUACUAUCCGCGGCCCGGAGAACUGCCGCUUGCCGCCAUUGACACGCACACAUAGAACCUAAAGAAAGGCAAAGAGUCCUGCCCAGCACCGGCAUCGUGCUGGCCGAACCUGCGUCCGGGAGCGACGCGCAGAGGGCACCGGGCGCCGGGAGCAGGCGGCGUAGCACCAGUACUGUGUUAGUGCCGGGAGGCCACUGUGUCAGCAAGCUGAGAGGGAAACUGAGGCAAGAUGUCAGGCCGGAGUGGGAAGAAGAAAAUGUCCAAGCUGUCCCGUUCAACCAGGGCAGGUGUCAUCUUCCCAGUGGGGAGGCUGAUGCGUUACCUGAAGAAAGGAACGUUCAAGUACCGGAUCAGCGUGGGUGCUCCCGUGUACAUGGCAGCCGUCAUCGAGUACCUGGCAGCGGAAAUUCUAGAAUUGGCUGGAAAUGCCGCGAGGGACAAUAAGAAGGCCCGGAUAGCCCCAAGACACAUCCUGUUGGCAGUGGCCAAUGACGAGGAGCUCAAUCAGCUGCUAAAAGGAGUGACCAUUGCCAGCGGAGGCGUCCUGCCCAGAAUUCACCCCGAACUGCUGGCCAAAAAGCGAGGGACCAAAGGCAAGUCGGAAACUAUUCUCUCCCCUCCCCCAGAGAAAAGAGGAAGAAAAGCCACAUCAGGCAAGAAGGGGGGCAAGAAAUCCAAGGCUGCCAAACCACGAACAUCCAAAAAGUCCAAACCAAAGGACAGUGAUAAAGAAGGAACUUCAAACUCCACCUCUGAAGAUGGGCCAGGGGAUGGAUUCACCAUCCUGUCUUCCAAGAGCCUUGUUCUAGGGCAGAAGCUGUCCCUGACGCAGAGUGACAUCAGCCAUAUUGGCUCCAUGCGAGUAGAGGGCAUUGUCCACCCAACCACAGCCGAAAUCGACCUCAAGGAAGACAUAGGUAAGGCCUUGGAAAAGGCUGGGGGGAAAGAGUUCUUGGAAACGGUAAAGGAGCUCCGCAAAUCCCAAGGCCCGCUGGAAGUUGCUGAAGCCGCCGUUAGCCAAUCCAGCGGACUUGCAGCCAAGUUUGUCAUCCACUGUCACAUGCCUCAGUGGGGCUCUGACAAAUGUGAAGAGCAGCUUGAAGAAACCAUCAAAAACUGCCUAUCAGCAGCAGAGGACAAGAAGCUCAAGUCUGUCGCUUUCCCACCCUUCCCCAGUGGCAGAAACUGCUUCCCCAAACAGACAGCCGCCCAAGUGACCCUCAAAGCCAUCUCAGCCCACUUCGACGACUCGAGCGCGUCCUCGCUGAAGAACGUCUACUUCCUGCUCUUCGACAGCGAGAGCAUAGGCAUCUAUGUGCAGGAGAUGGCCAAGCUCGACACCAAGUAGCUGCCCCAGCCGCGGCUGCACGUUCCGGCAGGAGUUGGAGGGCGAGCUGAGUCACAGGAGCAGGUUUUAUUUUUUAAAAGUAGAGGAAAGGUGACACAGAGGAGCGGAAGGCAGCUGAAGGGAAGCAGGUAGCAGAGGCUGUGGGAGCAGGUCCCGCCCACCGAAGGAGCCCUUUGUAUUUUAUAUUCUUGUUAAAAAGAGCCUCAGUCCUAAAAACCAGGUCUCCACGAGGGGUUCUUUCCAUGUUUUUUUCCUGUUGUUUUAGAACUUUUUAAAAAAAAACAGACUUCGUUUUAGAUUUAUAGCAUUGACUUUUACACACACACACACACACAAAAAAUCCUUUCAAAAUUCUUAAGUCUUCUGUUUCUACUUUUUGCAAGGGAGGAGGGCAUAAAAGUGGCUUGGGCUUUGUUGGUUGUCUGUAUUCAAUUAUGGAGAGAAGAAAAUUAGAAAGGCAUCUCACUGGUGCUUUUCGUUUCUGUUUUAGUGCCCCCACCCCCACCCCUAUAAUAUCUGUAUCUACUCCUAAAGAAGUUUUGCUUCAGGCUUUUUUCUGUUUUGUUUUGUUUUUAAAGAAAAAGAAAAUGAAAGGAAAAAAAAUAAAAGAUCCGGUGUCUUUCUUACAACAUACUCUUUUAUUGCAACAUUUUCCUCAGUUUGGAAAAGUGUGUCCCCAUGAGUGGACGUGUCUAAAAUGUUAAUAGAACAAGGCCUGUCUCUAAUGGGCUCAGACUCCCGCCUUGCUAGGCCCCAGGUCAGACAGCACAAAACGGUCUGUGUUUCUCAGUCAGCAUGUCCUGCUUCCAGAAGAGGGGGCCUCGUUGGCCUGGGUCCACAGGAAUGCAGCCCUGGGCGAAACUCCGGUGGGGCAGCUAUCCUUUGUGAGAGAGGCAUAUGUCUCACUUAGGCCCGAGGCACAGCCCAGAAGGGACAGACUGAGAUCCCCAUUGAGGCGGGUGUCCAAGGACUCUGGCCAAGUACCCAAAGGCCACCAUCAAAAAUGGGCAGGGAGAAACAGGGUGGGUAGGGGCAGGACCUGAGUUUAUUCAGAUGAAUUCAUCACCUACUUCUGCUGGACAGAGUUCACUUUUGUGAUCCAAAAUAGGAUCCUCCAGAUUGGAAGUUCUCUCCCCAACACAUGAGUCAUUUAUACACCUUAACAUAACUGGUGGCAGGCAUUACUACCACAUGGCCAGCGCUCCAGAUAAGUGACAUGAGGGUUGGCCAGGAAACCAGACGCACAAAACCACAAAGGUUCCCUCAAGGUCCCCCAGCAUCCGCUGGAGUGUUGUCACUUACAAAUUUGUCCGUGACGGUAGCCUGGAAGCACACAGGGGUUCACCUGCUGAACCCCCCAUCUGCUCUAUGAAUAUUAACCAGAUGGCAACCCACUCAAAGGUUAUAUUAGCUUGGCUGCCUUUCCUUAAACACAUCCAGUGGCUGGCAGGCCAGGCUUUGGUCUUAAAUCCUAUUAGCGUUGUAAAAAUUCACCGUUAGAAUGGGCUAACCAGAAGGUAAAUUUUUCUCUCUUCUUAAAUAUAACUUAUGAUAUAUAAUCAGGAUCUAAAGAUGGAAAUAUAGAAAGUUUCAUGAAGAUUAAAGACUGUAGAGACUAACAGUUUAAAAUUAGUCUCCUAUUGAGCUAUGGGAGAUCCAAGAUGGCGGAGUAGAUAAAUGCUAUGCUUGACUCAUCCCGUGAACACAUCAAAAUUACAACUAAAUUAUACAACAACCAACCUGAAGAACCAUUCAAAG